GCCACACUUUCUUCAUACACACCAGCAUGAACUAAAGAGGAACAAUGACUGAUGGAGUUCUUAUAUUCUGGCUUUUGGCUUUUGGAUUCUUUCAGAGAGGUCUAACAGCGGUGGUACUAACACAGGAGACUGUGAUGGCAGCAGUGGGAGGAGAGGCUCAUCUCAGCUGUCAGCUCAGAGAGACAAAAAACGUCCUUCAAGUCACAUGGAAGAAAAUCUUACGUAAUGAGGAUAAAAAUAUUGCAACAUUCAGCCAGUUUUUUGGCCAGAGAGUAAAUCCUGGAUUUACAGAUAAAGUUGAAUUUAAAGAUCCAGAACUACAGAAAAACUCCAUAGUUAUCAGGAAUAUAACAGAAGAGGAUGAAGGUUGUUAUCUCUGUAUCUUCAGCACCCCUGAUGGACCUCUGACAGCUGCAACCUGCAUACAGCUCUAUGAGCUGCAUGAACCCAUCCUUCAUGUCAGAGAAUCAAACUCCUCUGCAGAGUCAGUUGUGUCCUGUUCAGCCACAGGUCGACCUGCUCCCACCGUAACACUGACUGUUACACAACAGCACCUCAACUUCUCACACCACAACACCGUCAGUGUGAGCAACACCAACGGUACAGUCACCGUCACUGCUACAGCUGUACUGUCAUGUUUCUGUAACAACAGCAUUCAGGUUGGAUGUGCAGCUGGAGUGCUCUCAGGUCCUCGGAUGGAGACGUUUGUGAUGAUUCCUGAGCUCAAACCGACGUCUGAUGAUGAUGCAGAAUCUGGAUCUGAUCACACACGGUUCAGAUUGUUUUGGAUUCCUCUGCUUUCCAUAUUCUGUGGUUGUGUUGCUGUAGUAAUCGUCAUUGUGUUCAGAAAUAAAGAUCAGAACAGGAAACAUCAUAUCAAUGAGAACCCUGAAACUGCAACCAGAGAUAUUUCUAAUGAUCUUGAUCUUGAGAUGAAUGAGAAUCCUGAACCUGCCACCAGAUCUCCUCAUCAGACAUUAAAGUCUGAAGAACAUUUUGGACCACAUGAGAACAUAGAAGUCCGACAGCGAUCACCUCAGAAGGGAAACAGAGAAAACGAGGACUGUAACCAGAGUUUUAACGCAUGCUGAGUUUUUAAUUAAACACAGUGACAGUGGUAACAACAUGCAGACCAGGUCAACACGACGUCAAAACUGAACUGAACUGGAUCAAAGUUUGAGGCUGAAUAACUUUAAAGUGAAGCAAACACUGCCUGACUAAGAUAAUGAUUUACAUUUAACAUUGACAAAUUGUACUUUUUGUGUCCUUUAAAAAAAAAACUUUUUUAUUUGGUGCUUAUUGCUGCCUUUCUUUUUUUAAUUAAUACUUUAUAUUUUUGUACUUUUUACAAAGGUUGCACUGAAAACUGUUGUGAUAACAUUAAAACUUUUCUCUAUUUUUCAUUAAUAAUACUUUUUUAAUUUAAUUUUUUAAUAAUAAAAAGCUGUAAGUGAAGCAGAGAAAAAAAAGUGGCCAAUCAGAACUUUUGUUUAGUUCAGAGACCUAAUUGAGAUUCAUAACAUGAAAAUUUACGCCUGAAAUUCUGUCAAAUUUGAAUGAGUAAAGAUGUAUGACUAGCUAUGUAAACAUGGACAAAUAUUUCAUCUAACAGAUUGAAAUUAAUCUGAUCAGAGAUUCCAGCUGGCAUGUUUACAUGACGCAUUUUUAUUCUGACUGGGUGUUUGAUCGGAUUAAAAAUGCUCCAUGUAUUUUUUAAAAAAAUAAUAAUUAUAAAAGAAAUGCUCCAUAUACACGCAGCUACACUUAUUUAACCUUUCUACUGUCUUAGCUAAAUUGGUAUUAUUGUGGGUAUUCCAGAAACUGGUGGAAACUCAUGUUUCCCUCAUGUAGUGUCACCUACAGUCCACAUGAUGUCGCUGUUUAUCCAGAUAUGAUGAUGACAUGCAGAGAUUUUCCACAAACAGGUGAUAAUAAAAACAAGAAUUAAAUUAUGUUAGUGAUCAAUUUAG